ACAGUUGAUAUUUGGUUUCUAUUGAUGAUUAUUUUAAUACACAAAAUGUGUUACAUUGGUCUUCAUGAUGUUGUGUCUUUCUCGCGGAUCGAUCACCACACACAAUACACGGCCAUACGGUACCAUGUACCGUUGCUGGAUUUACGUGUAACUGUCCGCCGUUUGCUUGUAGUUGACACUUGUUGCAUGAAGAAUACGACGGCGACCUGCACAGCUCACGAUUGGAACACUUGCCCCCGCAAAGUUUCCCAAAGAUUUACACUUCAGAUGGGGUUACCUGAAUCACCGACGUGUUGGGAGAGACCAUGGAGUUGUUGUGUACCAGUGGGACCCGUUUCAGCUGUCUGCUGUACGUGCGGCAAUCAGUCGAGAACAGUUCGUCAGUUGAAGCGGGUGUGUACGAGUACAAUCAUCUGUGUCGUCUCCCGGGCAAUUCCAAACAAGCAUCGGCAUAGAAUGGCCGCCAACUGUUGUCGGAAGUUACCGGAGUAUGUGGGCUUCAGCGGAGAGACCAUCCACAGGUUCACUAACCCACAGGCGAAAUGGCCUCUUCAGUCCAUCCUAUGGUGUAUCUACCGCUUGUUCUUAGCUGUCUAUAUGACCGUAUGGCUGAUCAUCAUCCUAGUGGCGUGGGGUGAACCACCUUACUACAGCCAGGCCGACAGUAAAGCUAAAUGGCUCAUCUACGUCUCCAAUUGGUCAUUCUUGAUCCUUAUUAUGUACCUCAUUACCUUUGCCAUCGGGAACAUCUACUACCAUUUCAAGAAUGGCUGCAGGAGUACAUCAGAUGGAGUAGACCCUGAGAUGGGAGAGGAGAACCUCGAAGGGAUACCCAUGGGCACCAAGCCUUCUGGUGGCCACCCAGCAGAGUACUCGUCGGUAUCCUCACCGUCACCCGUACCAUGGUACUUCAAGUUCGCCUGGUUCCUGCAGAGCAUGGCCUUCACCUCCGGGCUCUUCGUGGCCCUUAACUUUUACAUCCUAGUGUUUAACCCCGCCACGGAUACCCUAUCCGCGUAUAACUUCCACGUGCACGGUGUCAACCUUAUCAUCAUAGUGAUUGACAUCCUCCUUGUGGCCACGCCCAUGCGCGUAUUGCACGCCAUCUACCCCAUGACGAUGGCCUUCAUUUUCUUCAUCUUCACACUAAUCUACCAGAAGGCAGGUGGACUGAAUGAGUUUGGGGGCACUGCCAUCUACCCGAAUUACCUAGACUGGGGUGCUGCACCUACAACCUCGGCCGUUGUUAUGAUGCUGACGGUCUUUGUAGCGGGCCCCAUUCUACAUUUAAUUUGGUACGCGCUGUAUCGCAUUCGUCUCGCAGUGUCAAAACGCUGUGGAUGUUGCCGUGUUUUCUAGACGUUUUUGUAAUGAACCAUAGCUAUAAAUAUGGUGCUAUUUAGCCUUUUUUCAAGUCGGGGUUGUAGAGCCGCGAUCCCAAUCGUCUGGAACGGGGGAACACGCAUGCGAGCUCGACUCGCGCGCGUAUUGUCUGUCGUUCCAGUCACUCACUGUUUACGCCACGAAAGCCUUGGCAAAAGGCUACGGUGCUAUAUGUGAGUGACAUCUGACUUUGAGAUCCUGAGAUAUUACCGCAUGAUGACGACAUCAUGAGAGUAAGAUAUUAACACCCCGAAGUAAAAUUUUUCUGGAAGAUGUCAUUCAUGGUGUCAUCCGAUGAUAUCAUGAUGUAUUCAUAAUUACGUUUAAAGGUGUCACUACUGUGGUAAUUAUCUCAGAAUCUCUAUAUUUAAGACCAACCCACAACAACAUUUUAUUGAGGUUACUGACAUCAGUAACCUCAAUAAAAUGUUGUUGUGUUUUGGUCAAAAUUGUACCCUCUCCCUAACCUCAGAUAAUAUUAUUAUGAACAGCUUGUGCACAUCGUGUGCCGGUAUAGUAAGGGAUUUUUAUAUCAGUUAUAAUUCGUAAUGUUUAAAUGUUAAAAAAUUGUUGGUGUAAAUUUGAAUAUUAAUGUUUAAAAAAGCUCGAAUUGCUGUAAGAAAUUGUUAGCAUGUGGGAUAUUAAAAACCGUUAUAACUGUA